GUUAGGCUAUAGCAUGAAGUACCAUAACUACCGGUAGCUUAUAUUUACUUUCCUACUCGACUUGAUAUAUAUAAAUGAUAGGUACUCGUGUCCCGCUAAUAACUAACCACAUCCCAUUCUUCGUGCGGCCGACACUUUGCAUGUGUAGUAGCUGUGGGCGUGGGGUGCAAAAGAGCGUGUAUUUCGGCCAGCAAAGCAUCCACAUGCUGCCCCUUGACCGGCGUUGCAACCAUCUCCAGUGGAGGGGAAUGCAAACCACCUUCUGGAGGCUUCGGCGUCGUUUCGUCACGCACUCGCUGCUCGUACUGCCACGUGUCCUCUUGCAAUUGCGUCUCCAUGGCCACGCACAGUUCCACUUGCGCAGCGGUUUUGUCGGCGGCGUACACCACCACUUGUUGGGCCAGGUCUAAGAAAUCGAUUUCCAGGAUGGGGAAGGCAGCCCCCGACGAUCUCGACGUCCAGUCACCACCUGAUGAUGCACCAUCCUCCAAUUGUCCGUCCUCGU